AUGUCGACAGAGGACAAGCCCGUUGAGGCACCCCAAUUUCAGAAACCCGGCGACUUGGUUGAGCGGGAUGAGGACACCGGUGUGAUGCAGCUGGAGAGUCUGUGCAUGAACUGUCAUGAAAAUGGAACCACCCGACUUCUUCUCCUGCGCGUUCCCUUCUUCCGCGACAUUAUUCUUGAAUCCUUCGAAUGCGAACACUGCCACUUCAAAGACAACUCGGUCAAAUCUGCCGGUCAGAUUCAGGAAAAAGGUGCCAAGUACACCCUCGACGUGGAGAAUGAGACCGAUAUGCAGCGCCAGGUGAUUCGCAGCGACACCUCGAUCUUCAAGGUGGAAUCUCUGGGCAUUGAGAUGCCCAAGGGUGAUAGCCAGCUCACCACCGUGGAGGGAGUCAUUCAGAGGAUCUACGAAUCGCUCUCGAGCGAACAGCCCCUGCGCAAGACUCAGGCCCCCGAGCUCCACGACGCCCUCGAACCCAUCAUCGAAAAGCUGAAGAAAAUGCUCGACAGAGAAGGCUACCCGUUCACCGUUUCCCUGGACGACCCAACCGGAAACUCCUGGAUCGCGCCGACCACCGAGGACUCAGCCCACAAGUACAAGCGCCAGGACUACCCGCGCACCCAUGAGCAGAACGAAGCGCUGGGUAUCGCCGCCGAUCCUAAUGCCGUCCAGAACGAAGGUGGCGUCGACCUGGACGAUGUGGACAUUGUCGAUGGCCAGGUGUACAGUCUGCCCUCCGAGUGCCCUGGCUGCACGAAGCCGUGCUUCGUCAACAUGAAGAAGGUCAACAUUCCGUACUUCAAGGAAGUCAUCAUCUGGAGUACCGCCUGCGAGCACUGCGGCUACCGGACCAGCGACGUCAAGACCGGCGGCGAAGUGCCCGAGAAGGGCAAGCGGAUUACCCUCAAGGUGGAGAACGAGGUCGAUCUGUCGCGUGAUAUCCUCAAGUCCGACACCUGCGCGCUGCACAGCGACGAGCUGGAGGUCACCGUGCAGCCGGGUACCCUGGGCGGACGCUUCACCACCGUCGAGGGUCUGUUGACGGAGAUCCGCGACCAGCUGCACGGCCAGAUCUUCGACAUUGACGACACGACCGGCAGCGGUGGUGACAGCAUGGCGACCUCCGACAAGGAGAAGUGGACUCGCUUCUUCAACCGUCUGGAUCAGGCGAUCAACGGCGAGCUGAAGUUCGUCAUCACCCUGGAAGACCCCAUGGCCAACAGCUACGUCCAGGACCUGUGUGCGCCUGCCCCCGACCACCAGAUCACGAUCGAAGAAUACACCCGCACGGAUGAGGAGGAAGAAGAGCUGGGAUUGAAGGACAUGAAGGUUGAAGGAUACGAGGAAGAUGCGGAGAAGACCGAAGACGCUGAGCAGAAGUCAUGA